AUGAAUAACGAUUUGGAUAGGAUUCUCGGAGAAUUGCAACAAGAGGUCGAGGAGCUUACUGCUGAUCUAGAACGACAAGAUACCGACCACAACAUCAACAACAACCACGAGUCCAGAAACUCAAAUAACAAUACACAAACAUCCCCGACUGGCGAAAACUCUUCCGAGUCUGACUCUGACCUACUGUCAUUAGAAGACAUAGAGGAAGAAGUAGCAAAAAUAGGCUCAAGUCUCAAAAAACAACCAUCAAACAUUCCCUCAUCGUCAGCAAAAACUUCCUCACGUUCAAGUGCUUCAUCGCCUCAUUCUUUACGUGGAAAAUUGCAACGUUCUGUUUCGCCUGCGCUGACAAAACUUCAGACCUCGUUUAUAAAUAGUAGUAGAACGAUAGAUUCUAGUAAUGCGUCAUCGCCAAAAUCAGCAAACACUAUUUCACCGUUAUCGCCACGUGGGAUUGAUUCUCUUCGUGAUAUAAUAAGCCCGGAUUUGGGACAAUCAUUGGAAAAUUCAUCAAAUUCUUUGCUGCAAAAAGACAUUGUAAAUACUGUAGUGACUAAUAACGCAGCAGGAAUAAUAGGACAUAAUAAAUCACCAUCAUCACUAUCUGGAAGUCUCCCUCGUCAAAUAACACAAUUGAAAAGUGAUGACGAAAUUGAUGACGUUGAUUCUUCAGACAAUUCUGACUCGGAAACAGAAAGUGAUACAGAUAGUGAUAGUGAUUAUAAUCCGUUAUCUAUGACAUCACGCCGGCCGUUAAAAAUGCAGAGAUCCAUGACAGAUUUGGCUGUAAAAUCUCACCUAAGUGAAAACUUGAAGCGUUCCGCAUCAAGUGGCAAUAGAGCGAAAUCUGGUAAAUCAUUAGAAAAACACACGCCUCCAUCAUUAUCAUCACCUAAUUCAUUAAAUACACAACAAUCCAAAAUUAAACGUCGACCAACAACUGCUCAGUAUCUGGAUACUAAUCAACGAGAUCGAGAUUUAAAUGAAAGGAUUAAAUCUCCAGAUCGUGCACAUUCAAAAUCUUGCGAGAUAUCAUUAGUUGACAAGGAGAAUAGCAGGUAUAAUAAUCAUCGAGAUCGAGAAUCAGAUGAGAAUUUACUUCAAAGAUCUAAAACUCGAGGACGUGAUACAGAAAUACAAGGAAGAUCCAAAUCAAGGACGAGGGAAAGAGAAUUAGAAGUAGAUAGGGAAAGAAAUAGAGAAAGAGAAAAAGCAAGGGAGAGAGAAAAAGGACGCGAAAGAACAAAAGAAAAAUCCAUUGAAAGAACAUUCCCUAAUAAUACACAAGAAACAUAUGAUUCUUCAGAUAAUAAAAACAUGCUUGGAAGGCGACUUUCUCGUAAAGCUUCUGGCAAAGGUAGGGAAAAAUACAAAACGACCGAAAAAGAACUUGAAGAUCGGGAGCGUGCAAAAUCAAGGACGCGCGAGCGAGCAAAAUCUAGAACACGUGAACUCGAAAACAACAGAGAACGAGCUAAAUCCCGAACACGGGAAACGGAAACGGAUUUUGAUAAAGAAAAAGUAAGCACUUUAGAGCGAGCAAAUACUCGUUCUCGUGAUACAGAUGACCGUGGCAGAUCGAAGCGAGUUCCUGAUAAUAUUUCGAAUGAUCGUGGCAGAUCAAAGUCACGGCCACGUGAAACCGAAGAAAGAGGUCGUUCUAGAUCUAAACCUCGAGAAACGGAGGAACGAAGAGGUAGAUCUAAAUCAACAAACCGAGAAAGAGCCAUUUCUAGGGAAAGGGAAAUGGACAUUGAUUUUGAAAAAGAGCGAGAUUUACAUUUAGAGCGACUAAAAGUACGUGGACAAGAUGAAACAGAAAAAUCAAAACAGCUUGAUCGUGCAAAAUCUCGUCGUGACAAGUCCAAAACUGGCGAUGUAAAAAAUGAAAAGGAAGAACCCAAACUGCCAGAAGUAAAGAUUACCACGCGAAUAUAUAUUGAUGAUUCUCGACAAUUCAAAACUCUUGCUCUAACUUCAAAAAUGAACGCCCUAAACAUAAUCGAAUAUUUCAGAAAACGAAAUGCUGUAGAAGAGGGAAAUGAAUGGACAAUUUUCGAAUUGGUUAAUGAAUUCGGUUUAGAACGACCGCUAAGGGAUUGGGAAAUUGUUACAACAGUGAUUGGAAGUUGGGAACCAAAAAUGUCUAAUGCAUUGCUUCUAAAGAAAUACGCUUACAGAGAUUCCUUGACAGUCGAGGGCUUGAGUAAUGGAGUGCCACCUUUAUUUGGAUGGUUACACUUGGAGACUAAAAAAAACAAAUGGCAGAAGCGAUAUUUCUUUUUAAAAGAUGGCUCAAUUUACCAUUGUAAAGAUGCAAAGGGGGUAGAUCCAAUAUUGCUUUGUACUAUAUCCAAUUUUGAUGUAUACACAUUGACACGAACAAUGAAAAAAGCACCUAAACCAUUUGUAUUUGCGUUGAAAUCCCUUGAUCGAGUUGCGAUGUUUGAAAAUCCUGAAGAUUAUGUACAUUACUUAUGUGCUGAUCAUAAGGAGAAAAUGAAAGAUUGGGUUUUAAGUAUAAGAAAUGCAAGAAAUCAAAUGAUGUUGGAGAAUAAUCCGGAAUUAUUUUCAGCUAUAACCGGAGAACAGACAUCACCAACCUCACCCAAACUAUCAUCAAAAAUUCUUCAUUCUCUUGUGACUUUACCGGGAGAUGAAUUGGACAUUGGAGAUAAAAACACUGAAAAAAAUUCAGGUUUCUCGUCUACAGAACAAUGGGCCAAUGUGCGUCGUCAUGUCCGUCCACCGGCAAAAGGGUCAACCGGGAAGCAAUUGCUUGACUUUACGGAUAAUCCAUCACCCCCAGCAACAACAAUGAUCACCACCACUACUACUGCUACAUCAGAUGAAGAAAAAGGUGACCUGGGAGUUUUUAAAAGUGGAUCCUUAUUGGACUAUGAAAGACACAAUCCACCCUUAAAAACAGUUGAAACAGAAGUCACAAGUUUCGCCGAAGGUUCUUUAUUAGCCACAACUGAAGCAUUUUUUGAAAAUUAUAAAGAAAAAGAAAAAGUUAAUAGUAAUGGCGGCGGCACUUUGGUACAAAUUAAUGACGACGUAAAAUUCCAUAAAGGAUCCUUGCUCGAAGUAAAAGUAAAUAGAGAUCAUGGAGAUAGAGAUCAUGGAGAAAGUAAUGGGACAUUAGUGCAUAUUGAUGACGAUGUAAGAUUUCAUAAGGGGUCUUUGCUCGAGAGUAGAGGCAACAGAGAUCACGUCGAUAAUGUUUCAUCUAAUAAUACACUUGUAAACAUUGACGACGAGUUAAAAUUUCAUAAGGGAUCAUUAUUGGCGACCAGAGGAACAUUUUCUCCGGCGAAUAAAGAUAAUUUUGAAAUGACUUUACCACACACACCCGAAUAUAACAAAGGUUCAUUACUAGCGAGAGGCCUACUAACACCCAACGGGAAAGACACUUUUGAAAUAUCGCAUUCACAAACACCAGAAUUUAAUAGAGGAUCCUUGCUAGCUCGAGGUUUAUUGUCGCCAUCCAAAGAUUCUUUCGAGGGUUCUUCACAUUCAUCUAAUUUGAGACCUCGACCCGAAAGAAAAUUUUCGAAUGGGCCAUUGAUAUCGAUUGGUUCACCUCCAACUCGAAACGGACCAAAAAUCACGUCUCCCUCAACAUCCCCAUCACCAGGGAAAAAAUUGCUUCAAUUGGAUCUUUCGCCUGACGCAAAACAUACACUUAAUUUACGAAAUAAAGAUUUUAAACCUUUAUUGAGUUUCGUUCCGGGUGAAAAACCUGAGUUGCCAGUUGAGACUGAAGCUAUGCGAGUGCAACGCGAAGCUCGUGAGACAGGAAAAACUUUGUUGAAUUUGGGUACUAUAAGUGAUUCAAACGGGUCAGAAAAAGCAGAUGAAGACAUCAACAAUGACGAUGAAAAUGAUUUUUAG